CUCGCUGUAGAAUCACAUCUGCUGACAAAUAAAGGACUUUAAAACGAAAUUGACAUUUAAAGACAAAAUUAUUCGAUGUUCAUUUUAAAGUAAUAAAACUGUGAAAACACGUCAGGCAUCUACGAACAAAAUAAUACAGAAUUUAUUUUUGUCAUCUGUUUUUGUUAUUGUUUACAGUUCUUCAUCUCUACUUUACAAACGAAUUCGUUACCAUUUAUAUUAAAGCGCUGUUGUUGAUGCUGUGAAGAAUAUCCGUUUCUCCUCACGGCUGUUGUUUUGUCUGGAGAGGUCAUGGGUAUCGGCAACCCUCUGGAGAUCUCUGGCAGUGAGUUGGUUCAGAUUUUGAGGACUCCCUCUGAGCUUUUCGCGUCUGGGGGAUGCAUCGUGUUGGACUGCCGGCCGUUCCUCGCCUUCUCUCGAGCGCACAUCCUCGAGUCCCGCAACGUCAACUGGAAUUCCAUGCUGAGACGGAGGUCCAAGAGCUCCGUGGUGUGUCUGGAGUGGCUGGUGGCCGAUAAGUCGCUGCUGGCCCAGCUGCGGAACGGGGACUUCUCUCCAGUGGUGGUCCUGGAUGACAACAGUCGCUCGGUCCGAGAUCUGAAGAGCGAGAGUCUGGCCAGUCUCCUCCUCAGUGCCCUUCAGUCAGAGGUCCAGUCUGCCUCGACGCACAUCUGCUUCUUACAAGGUGGAUUUGAUGGGUUCUUCACACUUUAUCCAGAGCUCUGCUUUAGCCCUCCUGUCAUGUGCUCAAAUCAUCCUGCUCUCAGCGAUUCAGAGCCCAUUGUUUCCGGAAGAAAGACUCCUCUCUAUGAUCAGGGUGGUCCAGUCGAAAUCCUCCCCUUCCUCUUUCUGGGCAGUGCGCAUCACUCAUCCAGACGGGAGACUCUGGAGCGAUGCGGGAUCACCGCUGUGCUCAACGUAUCCUCUUCCUGUCCCAACCUGUUCGAGGAGGAACUUCAAUACAAAACUCUGAAGGUGGAGGACAGCCUGGCUGCAGACAUACGCAUCCUCUUUCCAGAGGCCAUCCACUUCAUCGAUUCGAUAAAAGAGAGUGGCGGUCGAGUGCUGGUCCACUGUCAAGCAGGAAUCUCCCGGUCAGCCACCAUCUGCCUGGCGUACCUCAUAAACGCUCGACGUGUCAGUCUGGACGAGGCCUUUGACUUCGUAAAACGCCGCCGACAAGUCAUCUCGCCCAACUUAGCCUUCAUGGGCCAACUUCUGCAGUUCGAGACGGACGUUUUGUGCCCCUAUUCUGUACUAGACAGAAAUAGCGGUGGCACUGCUUUUUGAACUUUAAUAUCUUGAACUGGCUCCACUAACUUUCAGAAGACAGAUCUACUGACCACAGCUUCGACGUCAUAGACUGUGAAAGAUCUGCAAAGGUGCUUUCAGGAAGUUUUAGUCUUAUGCUAUCUAUGGGUGUUGUUUGGGUAAUAGAUGGCAUCAGCCGGCCACCUGUUCUCGAUUGUUUAUGGCAAUACAAACUAAACACAGAGGAAUGGCUUUCAGUGUUUCCGCAACAACAAUGGCAUCGCUGACUCACUUCUACACCCAGUAGCCAUCAUGGAAAAUGUAAUAACCACGUGUCAUUGUGAUAUUCUACUACUAUUAUCAUGUAACAUCGACCAAAGAUAACUUGCAUAUGAGAUAUUGAUGAAACAGACAAACAGCUUACCCAAAAAUGGGCAAUAAAGCAUUUCGCUUUCAUUUUGGCUUGAGCGGUAAUAUACGUUGUAUGUAUGUGUAUGUAUGCAAAUGGUUGCAUCAGUCAAUGUUCCAGUUGACUGCCGUGCCUGAUGCUGUGACCAUAUAAGGCUGUGACGUGUGGUUAGUCUUCUGUCUGGUAAAUGUCAAGUUUUUCCAUGAAGUUACUGUCUAAUUGUCAGUCUCAAACACGUUUUAAAGGGCGAACCGACCUGACAAACUGUGAUCUUAGCUCAUUUUAAAAGCAAGUUCAAUUGUGUCGGGACAGGCACUAAAGCCUUGUAAUUUAUUUUAAUUUUUUAUAAAGUGUUAUUUUAUUC